ACCAGUCUACUUCAGGAAGUAGUUUAUCUAGUGAGCCAGGGAGCAGACCCUGAUGAGAUUGGUCUUAUGAAUAUUGAUGAGCAGCUACCCGUUUUAGAAUACCCUCAACCUGGGCUGGACAUCAUCCAGGAGCUGACAUCACCUCGCUUGAUAAAAAGCCAUCUUCCCUACCGAUUUCUUCCAACAGCCAUGCACAAUGGAGAGGCUAAGGUGAUAUAUAUGGCCAGAAAUCCUAAGGACUUAGUAGUGUCUUACUACCAAUUCCAUCGCUCCCUAAGGACCAUGAGCUAUCGAGGUACCUUUCAAGAGUUUUGCCAGCGCUUCAUGAAUGACAAAUUAGGAUAUGGUUCCUGGUUUGAACAUGUUCAAGAAUUUUGGGAUCAUCGUAUGGACUCUAAUAUUCUUUUUUUGAAAUAUGAAGACAUGUACAAGGACCUCGGGACAAUGGUUGAACAAUUAGCCAGAUUCUUGGGUGUCACGUGUGACAAAUUUCAGAGGGAGAGUAUGGUGGAGAGCUGCAACCAGCUGAUUGAUCAAUGUUGCAACUCAGAGGCACUGUCCAUCUGCAGGGGUAAGUGGAAGGGGAAGUACAAGAAACAAAUUAAAUAUCCAUAUCCCUCUCUCCACCUAUUCUCAUUCACAGGUCUUCAUUCACGAAAUAUAUUUUGA